AUGAAGCUUCUAACAGUCGCAUUUUCUCUCCUUCUACUCGGGCAUGUCCAUGCCACUCCUUUGGUGCUCGACAAAAGGACUUCCUGCCAGGUCGGCGGCAUCGAUAAGAUCGGUGCUGCAGACGCCGCCUGUAGCGCUUCAUGUCUUGCUCAACACGGCAACAUUCACGGCGGACACUGUAAUAAGGACAAGGUCUGCGUUUGCAAUUGA